AUUACAAAAACAAACCACUCGUUCAACCGUCCUACCCAAUGAAAAGUCGACAACGCAUUUGACGAAACCACUCUGUUUUUUCCCAAUACCACUUAUCAUGAAUUAAAACUCAUUUAUUCAUCUUCGAAUCCUCUGCUUUCUCUAUCUGUCUUCUUUUUUCUUAAUUCAUUCCAUUUUUUCCACCUACAAUUUAUCCGUGUCUGCAUUCCUGCCUCAUAUACUCCCUGCACAUUUUAUCUUCCAACAACAUUACUAGUUUACUCCCAUUUUCGGAAGAGUAACUAUCUGUAUCUGUAUAUAGUAGCAGUAUAUAAUAUCUCUAUCUUAUCUCUUUUUCUCCCUCACUACUUUUAUUUUCUCUCUCCUCCUCCUCUACUUUUGUUUUACACUACAAGUGAGGGAGAAAGAGAGAUAUUCCGGAGAAGGAGGAGAGAGAAAAUAACCUAUAGAAUUAAAAUGGGGAGAGGUAGGGUUCAGCUCAAAAGAAUUGAAAACAAGAUCAACCGUCAAGUGACCUUCUCCAAACGUCGGAUUGGAUUGUUGAAGAAAGCGCACGAGAUCUCCAUUCUCUGCGAUGCCGAUGUAGCUCUCAUCAUCUUCUCCACUAAAGGCAAGCUCUUCGAGUAUGCUUCUGAUACCUGCAUGGAAAGGAUACUCGAGCGCUAUGAAAGACACUCAUAUGCAGAGAGACAACUGACUGCUCCAGAUCCUGGAUCCCAUGUAAGUUUGACUCUGGAACACGCAAAACUUAAGGCUAGGCUGGACAUUCUUCAGAAAAAUCAAAGGCAUUACAUGGGAGAAGAACUUGAUACCUUGAGUCUCAAGGAGCUUCAGAAUUUAGAGCAUCAAAUUGACAGUGCUCUUAAACACAUCAGGUCAAAGAAGAACCAACUCAUGCAUGAAUCGAUUUCUCAGCUUCAGCGAAAGGACAAAGCGUUAAAGGAGCACAACAACUUGCUAUCCAAGAAGGUGAAGGAGAGGGAGAAGGUGCUGGCUCAGCAGGCAGAAUUGGAUCAGCAAAAUCAUGACAAUAACUCAUCUGGCUUUGUGAUGUCUCAAGCUUUGCCCUCACUGAAUACAGGAGGAACAAGCAGCAGUGCAGUGGAAGAUGAAGCAACACAACCACCAAAUCUAAACAGCAACUCUGCACAAAUACCGUCCUGGAUGCUUCAACACAUCCAAGAGCAGUAAAAGGAAACAGGUGCUUAUCGACGUUAGGUGUUGCUUAACAUAGCUGAGAGCUUCCGUGUGCUCAUGUACCAGUAUUGGCUAGAAGUCCUACAAUGUUGUUAUGCAUAAAAGUAUAAGAAAGAUGUUAGGUGAUGUUGUGUAUAUUUUGAAUGCUGAAUUCCAUUUGCAUGGAAGAAAUAGAUGCAGCAUAAAUAAAGGUAUGUCAAUGUUGAGAAUACCUCAGAUUGAUAAUGUAUAUAUCUAAUUAUAAGGGUUUUGUGAGCAGUAAAUGCCGUUCUUUGUGCAUUAGCGAUAUAAUUUUGUACUGAUUUAUGUGUA